GUGUAAUACUUCAGCCAAGCAGAAAAGGCUUUAAAAGUGAAAUACCCUAUAAUACUUCUAUAUCUAUCUACCAUAGGAUUAAAGGUUGUUUUGACCGAAAAUUUGACAUUUGUUAAAUUAAUUAUUAAAAGUUUUAUGCGAUUAAGGUAGCCAAGGAAAUAUCCAAAAGCUGCAGAUGUCCCAGAAGGAGAAGAAUGGCCAUGCCAAUGGUGUGAUGGUUGUGAAGAGUAACUCCAAUGGUCAACUAAAUUUAACCGAUGGAAAAACUGAAAUGAAGAAAAGUGUUGGAUUAUUUUCUGGGACGGCACUUAUCGUAGGAACUAUGAUUGGUUCUGGAAUAUUCAUUUCUCCUAAAGGUGUACUUGAAGGGACGGGGUCGGUUGCUUUUAGCCUUAUAAUUUGGGUAGCAUGUGGACUCGUAUCUAUGCUAGGUGCUCUGGCGUAUGCAGAGUUAGGUACAUGUGUUCCUAGAUCCGGUGGAGAACACGCAUACCUUAUGUACACGUUCGGGAGCGGCAAAAGACGUUUUGGUACAGUUGUCGCAUUCAUGUUUGAUUGGGUUGGGAUGUUAAUCAUUCGGCCCAUCCAGUUUAGCGUGAUGACGUUGUCUUUAGGAACAUAUAUUGCUAAGCCGUUCUUUCCUAAUUGUACAGACCCGCCUCUAUAUGUUGUAAAAAUGUUUACAGUCCUGGCCAUGUUGUUAUUAGCGGCGGUGAAUAUCCACAGUGUGAAACUGGCCACCAAUCUUCAGAAUGUUACCACGGUUACAAAACUUAUAGCUAUUUGUAUCAUCACUUUGGGAGGUCUUGUCAAGAUUUGCUCAGGAGAUACAGAAAAUAUAACUUCCGGCUUUGAUGACACGAGGAAGGACCCAUCUCUCAUAGCAAUUGCAUUUUACAAUGGUCUUUGGGCAUACGACGGAUGGAACAACCUAAACUUCAUUACUGAAGAGUUAAAGGAACCUGAAAAAAAUUUGCCGCGCAGUAUCCUAAUCGGAAUACCUCUCACAACGAUUGCAUAUUUCCUUGCCAAUGUUGGCUAUUUUGCUGUAAUGUCAAAGGAGGAGGUCUUAUUAUCUCACGCUGUGGCAGUGACCUGGUCCUCCUACAUGCUUGGUGUGAUGUCAUGGGUGAUGCCAGUGUUUGUAGUGUUAUCGUGUCUUGGAUCAGCAAAUGGUAGUUUGUUUGCUACUGGACGGUUGUGUUUUGCAGCUGCACGUGAUAAUCAUUUUCCGAAGAUCUUAUCAUUCAUUCAAGUCAAAAGAUUAACGCCUAUGGCGUCAAUUUUAUUCACAGUUAUUAUUUCCAUGAUAACAUUAAUACCUGGAGAUAUCAGUACCCUGAUUGACUUCUAUAGUUUUUGUAUAUGGAUUGCGUACGGAACGACCGUUGCUUCCUUGCUAGUGUUAAGGUACACGGAACCGAAGCUAAACAGACCUUACAAGGUUCCACUGUUUAUACCUAUAUUUGUGUUGAUAAUGUCAAUAUACCUCGUUGUGUCUCCAAUCAUACAAACCGGCAGAAUCACUUUCUUCUACGCCAUCUUGUUUGUGUUCUCCGGGUUGUUUGUCUAUAUUCCGUUUAUUUACUAUAAUUUCAAAGUGCCCUUUCUUGAUGUAUUUUACCGACGUUUACAGAUUUUAUUUCAAUUAGUACCUCCUCAGUUGACUUGAGCGGACAAGGGCAAUGUCUGACCAAUCUUAUUGGUCUUUUAUAAAAUGUUGUUUAUUUAAGAAACAAAAUGUGAUAUACAAUUGUGAUUAACGUACAAUUAUUUGCUUUUUUAUACCCUAUAACUCUGUUAUGUAUUAGUUAUAUCGUUUUUAUAAAUGCAUGGCAAGUAAGAUUACAAUCAACAAGUUUUACAUUUCUAUAUUAUCUUUUACUCAUUUUUUUAUUCAAAUAAACAUAAGGCAGGAUGUUUAUUUGUAAACAUAUGACUUUUUUUACUUUGAUGUACUUUUCAUACUGUUUGCAUCUGUUUCUGGCUUUCUUUUGUUUUCUUGCCUUCGUCUGAUUAUUACAUGUAAUUAUUAUUAUUAUUCAAUAUCAAUGCUAUGUAGUAAGUUCACAGACAUAAUUAUAUGAAUACCUUGCUUUUGAAAUGGCCAUAAUCUGCAAGGAAGCAUUCUAGGCUUGCAUUCAAUUUGAUGAUUUUAAACGUAGCCUAACAAGGUGCGCGACAAUGUAUUUCUUACCGCAGAAUCGGCUUGCAAAUUCUUGGAUGUAAACUCUCAAAUAAUUUACACUAUGGAAUGAAAAAUUAAAGAAAUACAGCAUAUAAGAUAUACAAAAGGAAAUGUUCAACAAAAAGUUAAGCGCAGUAAAAUGACAAGAUUUGUAUGAGAACAAAUAAAGUGUUGACUAAUAAGGAGUAAUUUAUUCACAGCAAAUAAAUUUUAACUUACGAGGUUUGACAUCUAUAAGGACAUCAAGACUUUGUGUUUCUUUUUGGAAUGUGUACGGUUUGUACUAGCAAACAAAUUGUCACAUUUUCAUUUAAAGGUAGACACAACUACAGUAUAGUUGUCUUUCAUACAUUUAAAUUCAGCGUUUUUAUGGCGGGCAUUAGAAUAUUAAUUUUAUAACUAUACAUGUAUUUGUUUAUAUCUGGCUUACAUUAACAUGUUUUGUUUACUUUUAAUGUUUUCUUGCAUCUCAGACAGGAUUAUCUACCGUUUACACCGGUGCUUACACCCCCCAUGUAAGACAAGUCGCGUGCAUUAAAUGACGUCAUUGACGCGCGCCUUUUAUGAAUGAAUCGCGUUCUUAGGAUGACGUCAUUUUUCCGUUAUGAAUGAAGUUGUAUGUUCAUACGCUACUAUGAGAAAAAAGUGCGUAAUGAGAAUAUCAGUUUGCAUAAUUUCUGUUCCGAAAAUAAUUGACAUGUAAUAUGCAAGAAAAAGAAUCAAACACUGGCUGUUGGUACAGACCGGAAUAUCUAGCUUGAGGGUAACUGUUUACAGCGGUAACGAGGCUCUAAUUCAGCGUUUUUAUGGCGGGCAUUAGAAUAUUAAUUUUAUAACUAUACAUGUAUUUGUUUAUAUGCGGCUUACAUUAACAUGUUUUGUUUACUUUUAAUGUUAUCUAUCCCACAAGUAAUUUAUGUACAAUUUCUUCUGUAAAGAUCAACUCUUUUUAUAUAAAAAGCUAGAACAACCUUUUAUGAUAAUCAUUUUAAAUGCUUAUGUUUAUACAUGAAAUAGAUAAAAUUAUAUGUAACAAAUUUGUC